GGCGCCACUUUGACUUUUCUUUCUUUGACAUCGCGUCUUCUGCCUGUCCGUUCCUCGUCCCAUCUCUGUCUCAAUUCUCCCGAGACAACAACCGAGGUGCUCGACAAAAGUCACCAUGAUGACCGACACAGAGGCCGAAAAGGCCACCCAUCCCGGGACAGCACCCUCCCCCUCCACACCAACAACAACCACCACAACCACCCCCAAACCCGACGACGACAACAACAACAACAUCACCACCACCACCAAAAAAGGUGACGACCCCUUCACCACCGCCACCGCCGGCGUCGACGCCGUCGUCUACCCGACCGGCAUCAAGCUAAUCCUGAUCAUCGUCUCGCUCUGCAUGGCCGUGUUCCUCGUCGCGCUAGACCAGACCAUCAUCGCCCCCGCGCUGGGCGCCAUCACGGGCGAGUUCGGCUCCGUGAAGGACAUCGGCUGGUACGGCGCCGCCUACCUGCUGACCACGACGGCGCUGCAGCCCAGCUACGGCUCGCUGUACCGCAUGUUCAGCGUCAAGUGGGUCUACCUGGCUGCUGUGACUGUCUUUGAGAUCGGCAGUCUGGUGUGUGCGCUUGCGCCGACGAGUAAUGCGUUUAUUGUGGGCAGGGCGGUGGCGGGGAUGGGUACGGCUGGGUUGUUUUCGGGGGGGAUUGUUAUCAUGUCGUAUUCCCUCCCCCUGCGCAAGCGGCCGAUUGCGUUUGGCUUGGUUGGAGCUAUGUGGGGGAUUGCGAGUGUUGCUGGUCCGUUGUUGGGUGGUGCCUUUACCGAUAGGCUGACGUGGCGGUGGUGCUUUUACAUCAACCUGCCCAUCGGGGGCGCGGCGAUGCUGGCCAUCUUUUCGUUCCUGCACAUCGAGCAGAAGCUGAACGAGGAGGGGCUGACGGUGGUGCAGAGGAUUCUGAGCCUGGAUCUGCUGGGCAUGUCGAUGUUGGUGCCGUCGAUUGUGUGUCUGUUGCUGGCGCUGCAGUGGGGAGGGACCGAGUAUGCGUGGAAUAGCUCCGUCAUCAUCGGCUUGUUCGUCGGGUUCGCGGUGAUGGCCAUCAUCUUCAUCGGGAUCCAGAUCUGGAAGGGGGACAAGGCCACGCUGCCGCCGCGCCUGUUCAAGAACCGGGACGUCCUCUGCGCCAUGUUCUUCACCUUCUUCUUUGGCGCCGCCUUCUUCCCGCUCGUCUACUACUUGUCCAUCUACUUCCAGGCCGUCCAAGGCGACUCUGCCGUCCAGGCCGGAAUCAAGCUCCUCCCGCUGCUGAUCUCCGUCGUCAUCAUGUCCAUCGCCGGGGGCGGCUUGAUCGCCGCCGUGGGAUACUACAACCCCUUUAUCAUCCCGUCCAUGGCACUCCUGACCAUCGGAGCCGGCAUGAUCACGACCUUCGCCGUCGACAGCCCUCUGCGCGUCUGGUUCGGCUACCAAGUCAUCGCCGGCCUCGGCAUCGGCAUGGGUUUCCAGACCGGCGCCCUCGUGGUACAAAACAGCGUGUCGCACGAGUGGAUCCCACAAGCCACCGCGUGCGUGCAAUUCUUCCAGUCGAUGGGCGGGUCCAUCUUCAUCGCGGUGGCGCAGGCCGUGUUCCUGAACGGGCUGACGGCGGGGAUCGUGCGGGACGUGCCCGAGGUGCCGGCGCAGGUGCUCAUCAACAGCGGCGCGUCGCAGAUCCCGCAGGUGCUCGCGGACCUGGGCGUCGCGGACCGCCUGGGCGCCGUGCUGGGCGCCUACAUGGAGGGGCUGCGCAACUCGUUCUUCAUCACCGUCGGGUGCGGCGCGGGCGCGUUCGUGGCCGUUUGCGCGCUGAGCUGGAAGAAGAUCCAGAAGCGGCAGGCGGCUGAACCUGGGACGGAAGAGGCGGGGAAAGAUGAGGAGGCGGUUGUUGUUGGCGAGGGUUCAAAGUAGACUGGUGGGUUUGGGCAGUGCCUUGUGCCAUGAUCGUAAAAGAGAGAGGGGUAUUCGUUGUUAUUUGGAGCCUCGUGGAUGUCGGGAAAAUAGAUACCCUACUCCUUGCUAGUUAAUUAUAUAUUUAUAAUGACAAUGUCUAAUGACUUCCGAUAAUUUCGUC